AAAUUCUGAUCCAAGGAUCAGCUGUGCACAGAAAUAAGAAAAAAAUUGCAGGGAAAAAAAACCCAAACCAAACCCGAGUAAAGCUGUAGACUAAUAUCGGAACAAAUAACAGUAUCAAUGCAGUUUUAAUGGAGCAUUUCUUCUGAGAAGAAAGCCUUUUUAAUUUGUAUGGUUUUUUGUUGUUGUUAAAUAAAUAACUACCUCAUUUUAAGGCUACCUAAAGCUGUGCUUUAAGAUUUUAUUUUACAUAAAUAUAUUUGUGGUUAUUAUGUUUGCAACUUAAAUAAUACGACAAAAGCAGGCCUUUGCACUAAUACCAAGUGAAACCUUAUGAUUGCACUAUACACGUCUUGCCUCAAUUGAGAUUCCUGUCAGCAAGGACAAAAGGGCUCGCGACGCAGGGAAGAAAGAACACACACCCCCCAGGAUUCCACCACGCAACCACAGAGAUCCCUGUCUAAGGCCAACUCUCACAUUUCCAGCCUAAUCGAAGCAACUCGAAACCCACCAUGUUCCAGCGACUCGCCAGUCUGUUUUUUGGAGAGGGGGAGGAGGUGACCAAUGGCUGCGAGGGACCAAAACCCAGCAUGGCUGAUGCCGAUGAGGAGGGCUGGCUACUGAUCAACCUGCCUGCAUGCUUGGGGGAAGGCGAUUGGGUUGAGUUGGGACAGGGCUGGGCUAAGCCAGAAGGGAACGCACUCUCCUCAAACAAUCGGGCUGGGACAGGGUUAGCUGGGGCAGAAGGCUCCACACCAGAAACCAGCUCAAUGGAAGACCUGCUCAUUGAACACCCCAGCAUGUCGGUGUACGUCGCCACCGGCAACCAGUCCAUCACUGAGGAGACAGGGAGCUAUCCACUGCAGGAAAUAAAUCAGAAGGUGGAGACUGCAAACCCAGGAGGGCGGGGUCUCUCGGGCCGCCCCGCCCGGGGAUCUGCGGUCCAGGCCACCGUCCUGGGCAAGAUCUGCCAGGUGAACAGAGUCCAGCGGGCUGAGCGGCGCCAGCUGAGCCGAAACCGUGUGAAGCGACAGAACCGCCUCAGAGAGAACCUCCCCUGGAGUGGUGGCCGUGCCAAGGGCAGCUUCGUCCACCAGCCCCGCCAGCGCCAGUGCAACUACUAAACCAGCGGGCCGAUUACACUGAAGGCAUUACACCCGCUGCCAUGUCCAUCCUUUAAGUCCUACUCAUGUUUUGUUUUGUUUUAUUUAAGUCCGGGUGGUUUUUAACUUUAGAAUAAACCCUGUUACUGUGCUAGCAUUCUUGCUACAAUUUUAUCUCUUAUUUCAAUGACUUAACUCUUCUCCCUGAGCAAUUCUUUCAUAAAAUAAACAGCCCUCCCCUUCACACCAUCCUAUAUGAUCAGUACAGCUGCACAACAUCCCUCAAAAGCCUUCUCCUUCGACUGGUUCGUUUGUAGAUCCACCAGUGAGGGGUAAGGGCACUGCAAUGGAAAACCCUCCUCCUGGGUGGAUUUUUGGGGAGAAAGGUUAAGUAAAGCCCAGGGGGUCUACCUUUAUAAAAGCUAAAGCAGAAAGGCUGUCGUACAAUCUCGGUAUCCAUUAACCAGUAGCUGUGCAGUAUAUGUACUGCCCUGAGGAAAGGUGUAACCAUUCUUACUAAUUUAAGUUUAUUUUAUUUUUAAAUUUGUUUCCCCUCCACCUGUCUACAAAGCUAAAGUAGCGAGUUCAUUGUAGGGCUACAUACCCUGGAUCUCUUGGCUCCCUGGCUCUUAACAUCAGACCGCGCAGCCUAGUGAACUGGUUGUUUGAUGUUCAGAUCCUGGAAGUUCAAAUCCAGGUGGGUCUAUAGUGGCUUAGAAGCAAAUGAUAAAGGUAGACUUUUAUUAUGCUGGUUGUGAGAAUAAUAUGAAAACUGAUCUGAGAGUAUUGCCACGUGUUUUAACCUUUAUACUGGGGCAAUGUUAGAGUAGGGUAUUGAACCAUUUGGCCCUUUUUUUUUUUUUUUUUUUUUUUUAAUUAAGCUAACAAAUGUGUUAUCUAAUGGUGCCAGGAUAAAGGUAAAGCUCUGUGGAGAUUUUGCAAGUAGAUGAUGGUAAGAGAGGGGGAAUAAAAAAGAUAGCAUGAAAGAGAGCUAUGCAAAAAAGAAACAGAAUGAGAAAAUAAAAAAUGAAAGAGAACAUUAUACCGGUGGCUGUUUUAUAUGAAUAAGUAAUGGUUACUUCAUUAAAAUGUAAAGCACUGUCAGUUUAUAUGGGAUUCCCAUCCAUAACUUAAUCAUCAAGUGACUUUAAAAUUGCAUUUAGUUCUAUGGUGGUCCGUGUGAAUUCAUCAUGAAUCCAUGGCCACUGAACUCCAAUUUUUCAUUGAAUUUAAAUUCAUGCCACCUUGUGUACAGUGUUGCAAUGACAAGGUAUAUGUUAGGACACUGAAAUCCCUGGAAAAGCCCAUCCCUUAUUUUUGUUGUAGAAGACCUUCAACGUGAGCAGUGCCCUUGCCUUGCGGUGCUAUAUAUAGCUGUUUCCACUCCUUGCCACACACUACGAAAUGUAUGACAGCCUUUCCUUUUGCAAAUAUGGGGUAUGACCACUUGGUAUGUUUUAGACUUUUUUUUUUAGCUGAACCCGAUAAUCUCCCAUCUUGAGCUAUCCGCACUACUAGAAAUCGUCCCCUUGUAUGUAUUUAUUUCUGCAUAACUUGAAUGCUGCACAACUGUGUUAUGACCAAUGAUAGCCUUAUGAGAAAUUGCAUUUUAUUUAUUUGUAUGAGAAAUGUGUUUAUUUAACAUGUUGGUGAUAAUUUCCUUGCUGUGUCAAAGAUGCAUAAUGGCAUGUGAGCUAACAUAUUUCUAGUUUAAUAAGAAGAAUGGAAUGUGCUGGGUUUUUUUCUGUAGUUUUUCUAGAGGUAUUACAUCAGUGUUAGCGGGGAGAAAAAUACACUGGGAUUUCACUGAUUUCUAUUGCUGUUGGUUUAGUAUUGAUACUUGCUUAACUGUCCGUUAGCUCAAGAACGUGAGUUUAUUCAGGGUUUAACUUAACACAAACUAGUCCAUUUUUAAAAUGUUUUUUUUUUUUUUAAUUUGUUCACUAAAAACUAUUGUCCUCCAUCUAAAUUUAUAUAGAAAUUUAUAUUUAAAAAAAUAAUAAUAAUAACAACUAUGGUGCUGAAGUACAUCAAUUAAAUAAAUAAAUGUUUAGUUUGUAAAUUGUGCGAGACAUGAAUGUAAGUUUGUUUCUGCGAGUCAAGUUUAGCAGUGUGAAGUGUGCUGAGAUUCGUAUUGUCCAAACAGUGAGGUUUGUGUGUGGAAGGAAUGCUGAUUUUAUAUAUAUAUAUAUUUUUUUUAUAUUUAAAAACUAGUUGUUUUUGGGUGUUUUUAGAUUUUGUUUUUCUUAAGACUGAAGCCAGGGCUUUCAGGGACUUUAAUAAUAUCCUCUGUCUCUCUCUCUCUCUCUCCCUCUUGACUGCGAAUGUCCUACAGAAAAUAGAAAUCAUACACUGUAGUGUGCUUGGUGUUUGCGUGAAUGAAUUCUAUUGCCGUCUUCCUGAAGUGCAUUUUUUAAUUAAUUGUUUCUAGAGUACACUCAUUUUUACCUGGAGAGAGAAAGCUCUGAUGUUUGCUGUGCUCUUAAGGUCCAGCCGGUGAUGAGCACUGUGCACUGCGACACCACGCGUGCACAACUGCAAUAGUCUGUGCUUUAGGGAUCAAUGUACAGGAAUGAUUAAUGUUGGAAUCUCACUUGGGUCUGGCAUUUUGUACCAACUUGCUUAAUUAUUUCAAGGCAACUGCUGUUUUUUGUUUAUGUAACAGUAUUUGAUUUGUUAGCUGCAGACAGAACAACAUGUGUAGUGUGAGUGUGUUUAUUGCAACAGUCAAGUGAGUAACAUCUGGGAGUGUGGGCAGUUGAGUGGUUAAUUGGUCUCUCUUCUAAGAAGUAACCUCUGUGUUGGUAAAAAAAAAAAAAAAAAAAAAAAAAAGUUUUUAAUUAGCGAUUCUUUCAGCUUGUUUCUGAUCUGAUGACAACCAGCAUUUUCAUGUACCUUAUUGACAUUUCUCUCUGCAAUUUGUAUUGAUUUGUUUUUUUUUUCUUGUAGAAAUGUUUGUCUAGUUUUAUAUUUUUAAUUUGUAGCCUGGAUUUGUAGUUGCAAUGCCUGAGACCUGUUCAGUACAAGCAAAAAGCCUUGAACCAGAGUCUUUAAACAUCCCAACCAUUCUUAAAACCACUAAACCAUGCUGCCUCCUAGCUAUUCAUAUCUAGGGAUUAUUUUGUAGGUAUUUUAUAGAUCUGCAGAGCAGUUUGAAGAAUAAUGGCAAGCUUGAAACCACUAAAUUGGUAGAAACUCAUUUCAAAAUGUUUUUAAAGUAACACAAGGUUGGACAUGGUGUCUGCAGUGGGCAGUAGCUUGUGCUGUAUCUCUAGACUGGGGUGAAGUUAGAGUGUAUUCAAUGUACAGGUUGUGUAUUAUGAGUUGAGGGGGGGAGGGACAAAAAAAUGAAAAAGCUAAAAUAAAGUGUUUAGAGGAUUUUGCUUGUAUUAUUCCUAUUGUUAUUACUGUUACUCUCCUAUGUUGUUUGAAACUGGGGACUUGAAUAUUGAGAUCAUGUUUUCCUUCCCUUUUUAUUGACUACAACAAUUCAUUUGCUACUACUACUUUCAUCCUGAUUUUUAAAGUAGGGCAAACACUAUAGCCUCCCCAUUUGUGUUUAUUACCGGUGAUUUUAAGUCUAAAAUGUAUUCUCAAAAAAUUCAGUCCUUCAAAAUACCUGAUCAUGAUGUAUCUGUAAAUGGUGUGUGUGCCUUUCACUUCUGCAUGGUUAGUUCUGAAUCAUGAUUUUCCAUACCCAAGGAUACCAGUUCAUUAACAGUAGAGACCUAUGCAAAUAAAGAACGAGGUCUAGCGUGCAUUCUGAACUGCAGGUAGCAGAGAAUAGAUUAAUAAAAACUCGGGGUGAAGCCUGAA